UACCCAGGGCUGACAGUCUUUAGUAAUAUCUCGUCGAUGGCUGACGUCAGUCAGUUCUGGAAUAAAAAAGGCUUCAGUGAGCACUUCGUACUAGUGUAACCAGUACAGGAAUGAAAAACAAAUCUUAUAUAUACCUGUUUUAUUUUUAAUAUAGAAAGUGUAACACAUAUGCAUAAUGCAGCGCUAAAAAGACAAAUUUCACAAAUUUCUAAUCAAUUCAAUGUUUAGAAUUAUAUGUUCUAAAAAUGCAACAUUUAAUUCUAAUACCUCGGACAUUGAAAUAUGUUUUGUCAAAUAUCGGCUUUCGCACGGUAGCAAGUACUUCACGUAACGUAAUUUAUAACAAUAAUAGCUUCGUAAAACUUUUACGACCUUUUCGACUUUACGUGACAAAAAAAUCCUAUUAUGACAACAGAUCGCAAGAAAUAAAAAAAUCUUAUCUUGCUAUGUAUAUGUUUUCUUUGUUUUCUUAUUUCUUUCACGAUGAUGAAGAAGAGGAUAAAGAAGUUUCAGCAAUUAUCAAAACAAUUAAACAGUCUGUGUUAUUAAUACAGAAGAACGAGUUUAUGAAGGCAGAACAAAUGCUACAUAUAGCCUUGCAUCAAGCGCAAACCAUACAGCAUUAUAAUGCAAUUACAUACAUUUAUGAUAUAAUGGCAAAUCUUGCUUUUGAUACUGGGGAUUAUCAUGCAGCAGAAACUUUGUUUACAACAGUUUUGCAAAGGCUGAUGUCAAAGGGAAUUUUGGAGAGUGACUUGAAAGUUAUUCAUAUAAGUCUAAAAAUGGCUAAAAUGUUUGAAUUUAAGAGAGAAAUGAAGAAAUCAGAACAGGGAUACUUAUUUUGUAUAGGGCACUUAUAUUCAUGUCUUAAAGAAGACCUAGAAAAUAUUGAAGCUGAGAAAUUGCUUCUUCUAAGUUUUCGUUGGUACGCGGAAAUGCUAACACAAAAUUUGCGGUAUACUGAAGCUUAUGACUACUAUCUUCAAUCUUAUAAUUUAUGUAAAAAGUUAUAUAGUGACGACAAUGAGAAAACUGUUGUUGUGCUCAAUGAAUUGGGAUAUGCUUGUUAUAUGUUAGAAAAAUAUGAUGAAGCUAUGAAAUAUUUUUCUGCUGCAUUAGAAUUAGGAAAAAACAUACCAGAUCUGCCUGAAUUGUGUGCACUACAUGUAAAUCUAGGAAAUACGUUUCUAAAAAAAGGUUUAUACAAUGAAGCAAAAAAAUUUUGCUUGGAAGGUAGAAAAAUAGCUAAGCAAAACAAUGAUAACAAUGGAUUAUAUGAAGCUGAUGUAUGUCUUGAGGAAAUAAAAAAAUUACUCUUAUAGGUAUUGUUUCAAAAGAUAAAAAUUUUUCCAACGUAAAAAGGAAAGAUGUAUGGAAAUUAUUUUACUCUCUUCUUCUUUUAAUACCUAUUUUUAUAAUCUUAUUUAUUUUUUUAAUAACUAAACUGAUAUAAUGAUAUAAUGAAAUUGUGGAUAUGAUAUUGUAUCUGAAUACACAUAUACAAUGGAAUUGUGAAAAAUACAAGGAUAUUUGAAAGGUAUUUACAUGUAAAAGAUAUAUUCGUAUUUAAUUGAGUAUUUCCAAAUAAAAUAUGACAGAUUGUGAAUACAUUCUUUUAUAAGAUAAUCUGUGUUCUAGUAUACUUAAUGAAAAUAACAGAAUUGACAUACAGAAGACAUUUUUUAUUUUCACUUCUGUAAUAUUAUUUAGCAAAUUAUAUGCCAAAGUUAAAUGUGCAAUAGCAUUAUUUGUAAGUCUCCAGUACUUAUUUUUAAAUUAUUACAUUUUACAAAAUGUAAUAGAAUCAUAUUAAGAUAUAUAAUAAAAUUGUGAAAAAUA